AUGAAAGCCAUCGAGCGCACCGGAAACGUUCAUACUGGAUCUGUUGAGAAGCCAUGCAUGCAGCUGGCUGCUGCGGAUGCUUCCUCCCAUCUUCAACACAUGUGCAGCCUGGACAUUGACUCCAAGGCUUCAUAUGUACGUCUCUCUGGAAUCAUCUGUACUAUUGGGCCUGCUUCCCGAAGUGUUGAAAUGUUAGAGAAAAUGAUGGAGACUGGUAUGAAUGUUGCUCGGAUGAACUUCUCCCAUGGUUCUCAUGAGUACCAUGCAGAGACCAUCGCCAACUGCAGAGUGGCUGAGAAGAACUACAGCAAGAAAUUGGGCAUACCUUUCUCUCUUGCUAUCGCUCUUGAUACUAAGGGCCCUGAGAUUAGAACCGGGCUAUUGGAGGGAGGUGGCUCAGCCGAAGUAGAACUGAAGAAAGGAGAAACUCUCAAGUUGACCACUGACCCAGCAUACCAAGAACGUGGCACAGCUACUGUGGUGUUUGUCGACUACAAAAAUAUCACGAAUGUUGUGAAGCCCGGCAAUAGAAUAUUUAUUGACGAUGGUCUCAUCUCUGUUAUCUGUCAAUCGUCAACAGCUGAUACACUGGUCUGCACAAUUGAAAAUGGAGGUAUGCUUGGUUCAAGAAAGGGUGUGAACCUUCCCGGUCUUCCAGUCGAUUUGCCAGCCGUAUCUGAAAAGGACAAGUCUGACUUAAUCUUUGGUGUGGAACAAAAUGUGGAUAUGAUUUUCGCGUCCUUCAUCCGAAACGGCGCUGCUCUUCAAGAGAUUCGCAGUAUCCUCGGCGAGAAGGGAAAGAACAUCAAGAUCAUUUCCAAGAUCGAGAACCACCAAGGAAUGGUCAAUCUCGACGAGAUUAUUGCAGAGUCCGACGGUAUCAUGGUGGCUCGAGGUGAUCUUGGAAUUGAGAUCCCACCAGAGAAAGUGUUCCUCGCUCAAAAGACAAUGAUUGCGAGAUGUAAUAAGGUCGGCAAACCAGUAAUCUGCGCGACUCAAAUGUUAGAGUCCAUGGUUAAGAAGCCCCGCCCCACACGCGCUGAAACUUCAGACGUGGCGAACGCUAUCCUGGAUGGAGCUGAUUGUGUGAUGCUCUCUGGAGAGACAGCGAAGGGAGACUAUCCAUUGGAGUGUGUACUGACUAUGGCUAACAUUUGUAAGGAAGCGGAAGCAGCCAUCUGGCACAAACAACUCUUCAUCGAUAUGGUGGCUCAGGUUAAAGCGAGGAUCGAACCCGCGCAUUCAGUAGCCCUAGCUUCCGUAGAAGCCUCUACUAAGUGUAUGGCGUCCGCCAUCAUUGUUAUAACAACCACGGGUCGGUCUGCACACUUGCUGAGCAAGUACAGGCCCCGGUGCCCCAUCAUCGCUGUCACAAGACACGCACAGACUGCCAGGCAGGCUCAUCUGUACCGCGGAGUUCUGCCCAUUGUAUACCAAGAGGGCGUGGCCAGCGACUGGUUAAAGGACGUAGACAACCGUGUCCAGUACGGACUAAAGUUCGGCUGUGCGCGCGGUUUUCUUCGCUCGGGAGACAACGUGGUCGUUGUCACUGGCUGGCAGCAGGGAUCUGGUUUUACCAACAAUAUGCGCAUCAUCCAAGUAGAAUAA